AUGGCUCUUAAUGUCUAUAUCCAUGCACUCGCAACCAAGUACGGCAUCAAACCGCUGGCCCAAAUGGCGAAAGAGAGAUUCGUGACAGUUGCCGAAAUGAAAUAUUCGCGCAAGUCAUUCGCCUGCGCAGUCAGGGAGGCAUACACUCGGGAUCCACUCUUCACCAGCGAGUUGCAGGCAGCCAUCGUCACCAUAUGCCUCAAGUUCGGGAUCGCGGAAGCUGUUGCUUGUGGUCCGCUUUAUCUCACUGCCAACGAGUCCUUGCUCUGCCAGCACCUCUGUGAAGUGGCUCGGGAAGUAUCAAGGUUCAAGCAAGACCUGGAACUCGCAGCUCUUAGAGCUGCUAGAGACAAACAGCGCGAGGGUGAGACGGUCUAGCACUGAUUUGCUUUAUAGCCCAUGAGAAGCAACGAGCCGGUUCUUAUGCACGAGGAUGGACUGUGCAUGGACCGACAAGGUGA